ACAAAUUGUCAUUCUCAUCCCUGUAACCUGGUGAUUAUAUCGUCGCCCAGACAAAAUCAUGAUGCGUCCAAAUUGUAGAAAAACAACAAUCCCUCCUCUCUAAGCAAAGAAACGCACAUUGACAUGCGAAACUAUACAAUAAUUGUUUCAAAAAUAACUGGGAGUUGGGGGCGAACUGGCAAACAAUUGGGGGCGAUCUGGUACAUGGGGCGAACCGUCAUGGAUUCCUGAAUUUUACAACAAAAAACCGGGGUAUACCGUGGUACAUUUUUUUUUAUGCUACCUAAUCCUAGCACCUAGGUCAUAUUUAUAAUUUACAAGACCUUUUUUUUUUAUGAAUGGCAAUGUAGGCGAGAGAGGGGAGGGGGUAAGCAGCGGAAACGCUAUUUUAUUUACUUUAUAGGGGAUGACACGGUGACGUCACAUGUGAUCACGUGGUAUCGCACUGACUUCCGGUAGGCAAGAACCAGUGUUGUUAUUAUGAGCAAGGGUGUAUGAGCAAGUUAUUUAUUUACUAUUUCGUCUGUAUAGAUAAGAUUUAAGAAAUUCCGUCAUGGUAAUUUCAUGUGUGGUUGUUGGCUGCACACAUCGAUUUAGAAAAGACUGUGGAAUUAAGUUCCAUCGAAUUCCUUUGGAAGCGGAACGACGAGCCAAAUGGCUUCAAGCCAUAAACAGAAAGCAAUGGACGCCUUCCCACAGCGGAGAUCGUGUUUGUGGAGUUCAUUUUAUAUCAGCAACCAAGACAACAUCGGACUUCCCCAGCCUGUCACCUACACAAAUCCGAUCAUCAACAUCAUCUGUUAAAACCCAGACAACCAAGACAUCAUGGAACUUGUCUAGACUGCUGACUACACAAAUACGAUAAUCAAAGUCAUCUUUUGAACACAAGAGUAAGUGAAUGUUACUAAUAUACUCACAAUGAAUAACGUUGUUGCUUUAAAAGGUACAUUGGUAAUAUUUAAUCAUAGAAAUUAUUUGUUUCCAAAAAUUAACAUAAUAUUUAAUCAUAGAAAUUAUUUGUUACCAAAAUUAUCAUAAUUUAUCAUCUUUAGUUAACAAGACAAAGAAUCUUGACUCUUUACACAAAGGUAAAUAUUCCU